AUGGAGGAGGAAAUCAGAAAUCGGACCGAAUCUGCGACAGACGGAAUAUCUAGAAAGCCAAUAGAAUUGGAUAUUUCGGACGAGUCAAGUCCAUUAUUGGUAUUCUCUUCGGCCGAUGUAUCAAAUGCCCUAGGACUUAAAAUUGAUACAAAACUAUAUAAUCGUCAUCAACGAGUUGGUCUUGCCUUGCAAGGAAUUUGUUCUGAUUAUGUUCCGACAGCGAUUGAGGCAUUCAACGCAUCUGAAUUUGAAGGACCGAUAGGGGUAAAUAUAAGUGCACUGGAGAGUGCUGGUGUAAAUUUGACAGAAUUAGCGGAAAAAUUGAGAAAUGACACAGAGGUGGAUGAUAUUCUCUCUAGAACAAAAGAUAUGGAUAAACAAGUUGGGGGCAGCUUCAUUCUUCCGAACCAAUAUGAUCCAUUCUCCCCUCCAAUUGUCUUUCAAGGAAGUGCUGUAGUAGUUCGAUUUGGGAUCUACAUAGAAUCUAUAUCAAAUUUCCAGACAAUUGCAUAUCCAUUGCCGACUGUUCGUUUCGAGUGGUUUUCUAAUAGAAAAAAUGCAAUUGAUAAGAAUCCGGAGGUUAGACUUCCAGAACUUUAUAUUGACAAUUACGAGCCUGCAAAGUGUAAUAGAUCUCGAAAAAGUGGAGAAUUUGCUUGUCUUCGUGCAAUUUUUAGGCUUAAGCGUGAUGUUGGUUUUCACAUCGCUCAAACAUACAUUCCAACUUCACUUGCUUUGAUGUUCUCCUGGGUAGGGGUUUGGUUACCAGAGGAAUUUAUGGAAGGGAGAAUUGGUGUUGCAAUUACUGUAUUAUUAACACUUUCUACUGAAUCGGCUGGAGCUCGCGAACAUUUGCCAAGUGUAUCAUAUUUAAAGGCAAUAGAUUUAUGGUUUGGAUUUGUGACCGGUUUUGUUUUCUUCACCCUUUUACAAACACUUUUUGUCAUCGGUUUUGAUAAACGAGCAAAUCAAUUGAGAAAAUGGGCUCAGAAGAAACGAAGAGGCACACUUGAAUUAAGCCGUGAAGCCCGAGAGGAUAUGUCAGAAAGAGCUGAUAAAUAUCACAAAAUAGGGCGUUAUCUAGACAAUUGUUGCCGUGUAUUUUAUCCGUUGAGUUUUGCUCUAUUUCUUAUUCUUUAUUAUUUUAUGCUGACUGAAGGACGUCAGGAUGAUUGUUUCACAACAAAUGAAUAG